CCAUUCAUGUUGUCUCCAGUUGUCUUCAAACGUCAGUUGUCUGAGCCAAUCACAACCGCUCACCGCACGGUCAUGAAUAUUCAUGAGGCAAAGAGUCAUCGGCGCAGCAAAGACAACCGCCAGUGCGCAUGCGCUGCAUCAUCCAACAACAAGCGGAGCAGCGAGCAAACAUGGCCGACCUCGGGAAGAAGAAGUACUGCGUGAACUGCCUUGCAGACGUCACCAACCUGCGGCUCCGCUGCACCGACUGCCCCGACAUCGAGCUGUGCCCCGAGUGCUUCUCGGCCGGUGCGGAGAUAGGGACCCACCGGAGGUGGCACGGCUACCAGCAGGUGGACGGCGGCCGCUUCCCCCUCUGGGGUCCGGAGGCGGAGGGAGGCUGGACCGGCAGGGAGGAGCAGGCGCUGCUCGAUGCCAUCGAGCAGUAUGGCUUUGGAAACUGGGAGGACAUGGCCACGCACGUGGGUGCCUCGCGGACGCCCCAGGAGGUCAUGGAGCACUACGUCACCAUGUACAUCCACGGCAACCUGGGCAAGGCCUGCAUCCCCGACAACAUCCCCAACCGCGUCACGGACCACACCUGUCCCAGCGGGGGGCCCCUUUCCCCGUCCCUCACCACCCCGCUGCCCCCGCUGGACGUGUCCCUGGCCGAGCAGCAGCAGCUGGGCUACAUGCCGCUGCGGGACGACUAUGAGGUGGAGUACGACCAGGACGCCGAGAAGCUCAUCAGCGGCCUGUCGGUGAACUACGACGACGAGGACGUGGACAUCGAGAUGAAGCGCGCCCACGUCGACAUGUACGUGCGCAAGCUGCGCGAGCGCCAGCGCCGCAAGAACGUGGCCCGCGACUACAGCCUGGUGCCGGCCUUCCUCGGCCGCGACAAGAAGGACAAGGAGAGGCCGGGGGGGGGAGGAGGAGGUGGAGGAGGAGUAGGAGGAGGGACGGCUGGGAGCACGGCGGCGGCGGCGGGGGGGGGAGGAGGUGGAGUAGGAGUAGGAGGAGGAGGCGCGGUGGCAGGACCAGGGUCGGGGGCCACUGCCCUGGGGGUCGUCUCCUCCGGUAUCCUCGCGGCUACGGGAGCUGGCGGCGGCGGUGGGGGGGCCGGCGCCCCGGCCACGCCCAAGCGCAAGAUCACCAAGGAGGAGAAGGAGCAGCGGGCGCGCCUGCGGGUGCUCUGCCAGUUCAUGGCCCACCGGGAGUUCGAGGAGUUCUUCGACAACGUGCACAAGGAGCGCGCGCUGCGGGCCAAGGUGCGCGAGCUGCAGCGCUACCGGCGCAACGGCAUCGCGCGGCUGGACGAGGCGGCCGAGUACGAGGCGGCGCGGCACAAGCGCGAGAAGCGCAAGGAGAACGUCAAGGGCGUGUCGCUGUCGUCGAAGCGGGGGGGCGGAGGGGCGGGGUUGGCCGGAGGCGGAGGGGGCGGGGGCGGGGCGCCGGGCUCCGGAGGCGUGCUUGGGAUCGGAGCCGGCGGGGCGGGCAUCGGAGGCGGAGGUGGGGGAGGGGGCGUGGCGGGGAUCAAAGAGGAGGGCAAGGACGGGGAGUUUUCCGCCAUCGAGAACCUGGGGGGCUUUGAGCUGCUGUCGGACCGCGAGAAGGUGCUGUGCAGCUCGCUGAACCUCAGCCCCGGGCGCUACCUCACCGUCAAGACCCUCAUCAUCAAGGACCACCUGCAGAAGAGGCAGGGCAUCCCGGCAAAGAGCCGGCUGCCCGGCUACCUGGACAAGGUGCUCAGGAAGCGCAUCCUCACCUUCCUGACGGAGAGCGGCUGGAUCUCACGGGACGCCUCCUAACAGCGGGACGUCCCCGCCGUCACUUGUUUAUUGGCUGUUGGUGAGAGAGAGACGAUUACCGGUCGGGCCGUGCUUGCUUGCCCCCCCCCCCCCCCCCCCCCUUUUCAAAGUAUAACUUGAAUAAUUGCAAGGAGAGAACAAACAACAUUUUGAAUUUAAGUAUUUCCAGUAUUUUCAUACUAAUGGUAACGGUGAAAUCAUAGGCCUUUAUUUUUGCAUUAAAGUACAGAGACCCUAUGGUAAUAUGAAUCAAACAGGUUUACCUGGUGAGUGUGCAUCACUGAGGGUUAACUCUCAUUGACGUAGAAACUGAGAAGGUUCAGGCUGAACACUGACCCAGCCAAUGACUGUUCUUUAUUAUGGCAGCUCAUAAUGGACGAUGUUGAUUCGUGUUGGAGACUGUGAUCACCUAACAUAACCUUUCGGUGCUGAAAGCCGAGAGGGAUUGAAAUUAAUAUUUCCAUUGAACGUAAAAGGAGGUUAUUCUGGAAGGCACAGAGAUGGAACUAUGGCUCCAAUGGAGCCCUGGAAUUAUUACAGUUUGCUAGAGCAGUUUUAUAUCUAAAGCUUUUGCAUUUCGGCACCCAGUAGAUCAAAAGUCGGAUAAGACCUAGCUUAAUUUGCUCAACAGACUGUGAUAACAUUGCUCUGAUUCCCCCAGAGUACUUAUAAAGGGGAAAGCCUAGUCUUUAGGGCAUUAUAUAUUAAAAAAACAAACAUUUUGGACACAAUUUUUCCCGGCACGUACAGUCAUUGUUUUAACUCAUGGUUUGCUCUGUUUUGGUAAUAUAAUGCAUGGCUAGUGAGUGCUUUCAUCUGUUUCAUCUCCUUUUAAUGGCGCCUUCUUCAAGGAUGGAGAAAGGUGGUUGUGUCUUGACUUAUGUUUUGUCACCCUGAAACACUGUGGCUCAUUGCCAACCUCACAUUCUGGAUGUGCACCUUGGAAGUGCUGAGCAGUAACCAGUUCACUUGAAUAGCUUAUCAAUAAUAUCCAAAUGUCAGGUUAUUAGUUGGUUUGGGCAAGUAGUUUGAAAAGUAGGUGUCAUUGUUAAGCCUACAAGUGAAGUGUGUUUAAUAUUUGUUGAUUGUCUUCCAAUGCUUUCUCCCUCUGAGCCUAUCAUUGUCCAAAUCUUCAUUGUUCUUGUGAAGAGAGAAAGGGUCUCAUAAUGGGGUGUUUAAAUGUUCAUCGGGCACAGCGAAGAUCAUUUCCCUUCAUCUGCAUUUGAGAAAAAAAAGUUACUUUAGACGGGGAGCUAGGUGGGAUUAAUUGGACAGGGGAAUGACAGAUCCAGAAUGUGUGUGGUCUUUUGUCAGGACUGUCAGGACCUGUAAAAAGAUGCUACAUUUGCACACAAAAAGCAUGAUUAAUACUUUUUCUCAAAGAUCCCCCCAUACAUCCUUCAUGUUUUUGGCAGUGGGUACGUCGUAUGUCAGUGGAGGCUUUCCUGCAUUUUGACCAUGGCAGUUUUUUUUCAUCGUUUAAGUGAGGGGACUCCUUUUUCAUUGGCUAGUGUGGUUGGUUCCAUUCAACAUAAUACGUGAUUGUGUAACAGUCUUCUUCUUUCCUACUGCGGAGAGAAAGCCGUCGCUGUCUCGAGUAUUUGACCAAAAUGUUGUAAUUCUGCAUGUGAAGCUAGCUGUUGGGUUCCCCAUAAGAUUCCCUUCAUGGAUACAUGUCUCUGAAAAAAUAGCAAUUCAAAUUGCUCAAUAUUGUUUCAUGUUUUGGGGGAAUAUAUUUUCCAUUAUACGUUGUGCAACUUUGUAAAUAAUUUUGUAUGAUAAAUCUAAGAGGUUAAAAUACUGACCUGUGAAAUGUACAGUAUUUUAUUUCAGAAUUGUAUAGCUUUUGUAAUUAAGACCAGCAAAUAUAGGAGGGUGUGUAAAAUCCAUUUUUCUAAACCUCCGUCUAGUCAUGGCAUGUUUUCGAGCUGUUCCAUUUUAUACCAAUAGUUUAUUCAUAAGUCUAUAUAAACUUACAUUUGUGCGUUUUUGCUGUUCUAUUAACUGUGGUUGCACAUGACACAGUGUGUAUGUUUUUGUAUUAAAAAGGUGCAAAUGCUUUAUACUUUCAAA